AUGUCGUUCUCCAGCAUCCCGAUCCUGGAUCUCUCGCUGGCGCGAGACCCGGCAACAAAGCCCCAGUUUCUCGUGGAUCUUCGCCAUGCGCUGCUCGAAGUGGGCUUUUUGUACAUCAAGAACACCGGGGUCCCGUCCACCCUGAUUGACGAGGUCAUCACGCUGGGCAAAUCCUUCUUCGACCUUCCCGAGGAGAAGAAGCUGGAGAUCGAAAUGAAGAAUGCGCCUUCAUUUCUCGGCUACAACAAGCUCGGCAUGGAGAUCACGCGGUUCAAGACCGACUGGCGCGAGCAGAUUGACUUGUCAACGCCGCACCCGACCCCUAGCCCCAGUGACCCCUUGUACAGGAACCUGCUGGCGCCAAACCAGUGGCCCGAUCCCAGCGCCCUGCCGCGGUUCCGAGAGGUGUACGAGGAUUAUAUGGCCCGCAUGGGCGAUAUGAGCAUGGAGUUCACCAGUCUGAUCGCCGAAGCCAUCGGUUUGCCGUCAAAUGCCUUUGCGCAGUUCUUCGACGAAGCACAACAGCAUAAAUUGAAGAUCGUCAAGUAUCCGGACCUGGAGGAGUUAGGUGUGGAAGGGGAAGCGCAGGGCGUGGGGCCUCACAAGGACAGCAUGCUCACGAGUUACCUCCUGCAGGCGAGUCAUCACCGUGGACUGCAAGUGCAGAAUGCCGAAGGCAAAUGGGUCGACUGUCCGCCGAUCGACGGGACCUUCGUGGUUGCCAUCGGACAGGGGAUGGAGGCGCUGACCCAGGGCGUGUGCCAGUCGACGACGCACAGAGUGCAGAGCCCGGCUCGAGGCUCCGGGGCGCGGUACAGCAUCCCCUUCUUCCAGGGCGUCAGUUACGACGCGACGUUCGAGAGCAUGGACGUGCCGGACUCGGUGAAGCAAUUGCGAGCGGACAUCCUGGCGAAGAGGGGCGGCCAGAGACUGGACGACAUCGAGUUCACGUUCAUCAAGGGCAUGUGGAGCCGCCUCGGCGAAGCGACGCUGAUGAACAGGAUCAAGAGCCACCCGGACGUGGGCGAGAGAUGGUAUCCCGAACUGCUGAAGAAGAUCCGCGCCGACCAGGCGGAAGAGGCAGCCAAGUUUGCCGCCGCCGAGGCAGCCGCGAGCAAGACGACGUCGAUCCCCGCGCAGCCGCAGUCUAUACAAGCGCAUUAG